AUGGCAUCGCAGAAGACACUUGAUGCACACUAUGCAGAGCAGAUGCGACACCAUCCCAGCGGCUACGCCAUAUACGAGCCCGUGAGCAGUGCCGAUUUGAGGCCAGGCAGCUGUGGCUAUUUCGAUGACAGUGGGGAAUGGACGACAAUCGCUCAAUUGGAUAAUGUCAUAAAACUUAAGCGUGAGGGAUUUGAGCCUCCAGCGUCUCUCGAAAAGGCCGAAGACAUGGUCACUAGAAGUUGGCAUCCAAAGUGCUCAACAGGUGUGAACGCGACAGAGCUUGACUUGGGCAUAGGGAUUCCGUAA